GAUAUGUUCCUGUCAAAGAUCAAUUGUAAACAACACGUGCACUUUUAACUUGUGAAAAACAAAAUAUAUUGUCGAAUUAAAAAUUAUAUACAACACAUUACAAAGAAAGAUGAGUGUCAAUAUGGAAAUAAUCAUUGGCACAUACGAAGAGUUCUUGCUGGGCUACAAAAUUGAUAUUAAGGAUAACAAACCGGCAAUUAUUCAAACAUUUGCUGAUAAAUCCCAUUCAGGAUCAAUAAGAUGUGUUGCUGUCAAAGAUCAAUGGGUGGCUAGCGGAGCUACCGAUGAUCGUAUAUUUAUUUACGAUAUGAGUACAAGAAAACAGGCCCAGAUUUUACUUUCACAUGAUGGUACAGUCAAUUCUUUGGCAUUCACACCAGACGGCACUCAUCUUCUAUCUGCCGCCGACGAUGGACGUAUGGUGGCCACACGCUUGAAAACAUGGUUUAAUGAUGCCACAUGGAAAAAGGCGCACAGCGGUUCCAAUGUUACUCAUGUUAGCUGCCAUCCUAGCGGCAAGCUGGCCUUAUCAUUGGGUUCAGAUUUAGUUUUACGAACAUGGAAUUUAGUUAAGGGGCGUGUGGCUUACAAAACUAAUCUUAAAAGUCGCAACACUUUGGGCUUUCAGCCCGAUUGUUUGACAUGGUCCCCAAAUGGCGAUUAUUUUACAUUAACUGGCCAACGAGUUGUUGAAUUUUGGUCUAUAAAAACAGCUGACGUUGUUCGUUCACAGAAGACAAAAUCAAAACCCAUAUGUUUGGUAUGGAUUGCGGACGACGUGUGCCUAGUUGGUCUUGAAGAUGGUAAAAUUUUAUGGCUAACAGUGGAUAGUGAAGAUGAAAAGGAAAUUGUUGCUCACAAUAGCCGGGUGAAAGCUAUGCAUUCGUUCAAGGACAAUCUGGUUACAGCAUCAAGUUCGGGCGAAAUAAAAGUAUGGCAAAUUAUAAAAAAUAAACAAAAGCUCAAGGAGAUAGCAUCUACCAACAUUGGAUGUCGCCCGACAUGUCUGGGAGUGCUUGAUUUGGAACAAUUUGGUACAAAUUAUAUUAUAAGCAGUACAAUUGAAGAGGCGAAGGAUGUUAAACCUAUAAAACCAAAGGCUAUGCCUGUUCCCAGGGGUAUUGUGACGAUUGAAUAUGACAAUGAAGAUGAUUCGAAAUUGGACAGCGAUGGUGAAGAAGAUGAGGAUGAGGAUGACAACGAAGAUGAGGAUGAUGAUGAUACAGAAAAUGAUGCUGACAGUGUAGCAGAAGAGGACAGCGACGAUGCGGAGGAGGAAAAUGACAAAGGAGUUGAAGAAAACGAAACAAGUGAAGAAAGCAGUGACGACUGUGAUGAGGAGGAAGAAAACCCCGAGCCAUCAGUACGUUUACCCAAAUCGCGUAAACACAAAAUGCAAAUCUUAAAAAGUCAAGAAAAGGGAAACAAGAAACAAAAACUUGAUAACUCUAAAAAGCAACAACCGAAGCCAAAAUUUCCCCAACAAAAAAGUAAUAAACAAAAGUUGAAAAAGUGAGAA